CCUGAUCCGAAAAGCACCCUGGUCAAGGUAGCAACCACCAGCCAAACCAGUACCUACAUCAUGAACUUCACCAUCGUCAACGGGCAGAUCUACACUCCGGGACUGGCCAUCGUCGAUGCUCCCCAGCCCUAUACUCCACUCGGAGGAGAUACUCUCCAAAUCGCCAUCGACAUCUCCGGCGACGGCCAACUCUCCACCUCCCCCAAACACGACGCCUCGACCCAAUUCCACGACAUCACCCUCUUCCUCACCUCCACCUCCACAGGCAAGAACUUCACCAUCUCCAACGGCACCGUCCCCACCACCAACAACACCUAUGUCGGUCCCGUCCUCGAUCUCGAACCCUCUUCCACAGUGAAACACGUCAAUUGGAUCUGGCCUGCUUGUUUCGUGGGCAGUGGUGAUGAGAAGGAGAAGGGUUCUGCCCGUGGAGAGUAUAAUGUCUCCAUGCAUCAGUCUUUCCGGUGGAAGGGGACGGAUUAUUAUACGGUUUUUGAUCUCCCUGUCUCGGUGUCGAAUUCUGUUGGUGAGUCGGAUGAGAGGGUUGAUUGUGCGGUGGUGGAGAAUGAGUGGGUGACGUGGGAGGUUGUCGCUGCUAGUAAUGAUUCGCUGCCGGGGCAGCCUUGGGUUGGGGGGUCGUCUUCUGCGAUGGUGGGAGUAGGUAUCGGUUGGGAGUGA